UAUAAAGGAAGUGCUAUUUUUUUUGGUUUUUUCUUUUUUGUUCUUUUUUUUUCAUUUGAUUUUAAUUUUUUUUUUUAUAUAUAGAAAUCAAAUCAAGGAAUGCACCCCGGGCACAGCAGGAAAGAGGGCACCGGAGACGAAAAAAAAAAGUUGGAAAACUGAGAAACAGAAACAAAAAAGUUCGAUCAAUUUAGGGUUAGGGUUAGGGUUUUUCUACGCCUCAAACACAAUCGCUAACAACCAAUUCAGAUUCACCAAAUCGGAGAAACAUCUCAUCACUGCUUCGCUAGGUUUUUCCAACUCCCAAACUUGUAUGAAUCAAUUUACAUGUUUUCUCGUGAAAUCUUGAACUGGGCAGCAACUUUUGUGCAUGUAUGUGAUUCAGUAUAGUUGUGAAUGAUUGUUCUGAAAAUCCUUCAGUUCUCUCUGUUUUCGCCCCAAAAAUUCAAUUUUUUUUCCCUUGGGAAUUUGAAAUUAUGCUGAAUAUGCUAUGCUGUGCCCACUUGUGUUGGAUGUGUUGAUAAAUUAUAUAACUUUUGAAUCUGUGCAUUGUGUUUGUAUGAUUGUGUUGAUGUGGUUUUAGCUUCACAAGGAUUAAGAUAUUGUCACUUGUGGUUUCAAAACCGGGGAUAGAAAAAAGGGGUGGCAUCAAAAGACUCAAAACAGUGGAAAUGAGAGGGGAAUAAAUAGAUGAGUAGAAAUGAGUAGGUUGUCUUUCAGGCCUCGACCACUUGACAUUCACAAGAAGCUCCCCAUUGUCAAGUCCAUCAAGGACUUUGAAGAUGAUGAGGCACCCGCAUCUACCCGUAAUUCGCAAUUGCUACGUGUUGUUCCUGAGGUUGAAAAUGAGGUACAUCAAGCUCCCAGCAAGAAAUUGGCUGCUGAAAUACCUACUCCUCAGUAUGUUGUUGUGGAUACAUACGAAAGGGACUAUUCUUGCACUUUCUCUCAACCAACUUCCUAUUUGCGGGCUAGAGGAGCUCGGGCUGAGAUUGGAGAGUUUGUUGAGUAUGACUUGGACAAUGAAGAUGAGGAUUGGCUUUCAGAGUUUAAUGAAGAAAGGAAGAUUCUGACACCUGAAAUGUUUGAGAGUCUUAUUUUCAAGUUGGAGGUAUUGGAUCAUAAAGCUCGUGAAAGAGCUGGACUUAUCACACCUACUCUUGGUUCACCAAUUCCUGUGCAAUUGCGGCUUGAUACUGCUAUUGAGGCCUUACAAGCGCAGACCAUCAAAUAUACAGUUAUUAAGUCUGUGUAUGAUUAUUGGAAAGAGAAGCGAGAACGGUGGCAAAAGCCCAUUUUGCGACGUUUGCAGCCGCCUCCGCCUGUUAACGACACCAACCCCUACAAUGUCUUUCGGCCAAGGGAGAAGGCCCACAGGCUUCACACAAGAAGGAUGCAAAGGAGAGAAAACAAUGUGCAGUCAUUUGAAAAGCUUCGCCAGGUUAGGCGCAACCUUGACCAAGCUAAGAGCUUGUUGGAAGCUUUGAUCAAGAGGGAAGAGAAAAAAAGAGAAGUAAUGGAGAGUGAAGUUACACUCCAGAGGAUGCAAAUGAAGUACAAGCAUGAAACUGAAUUUUUGGAAGACAACUUGGCACUCUCUGGAUUUACUCCCUUCACUUCCAAGUUUGUUUCAAGUGAAGAGGAAUAUUUUGAUUCAGAUGAUGUCAUGACAAACCGUCAUCCUCGUGCACGUUCCACUGCAGUACAUAGUCUUCCUUCCUAUGACACCAACCUGCCCAUGGUUCCUUCAGUUAGUACAAAGCAGGAGUUUAAGAGGAGAUAUGUCCCUCAUGGAUGGCCUCAUAAAUUGGAUCCGCAUGAGCCAGUUUUAUUGUUCACAAAACCUCUACUUCCAGAUAAGUUGGCCAUGGCAGGAAUUCUGCCACCAGAUUCUGUAACAAAAAAUGGGGUGUCAGUGUCAGCACCAUCGUAUAGAUUUCGUGGAAGAAUUGGCAGAGGGGGCCGUAUAAUAUUUGACCGAUGGAAUCCACUUAUGCAAACUCCAAUUGACUGUGGUAAUUCUUAUUAUAUGCCACCAAAACCACGACCUUCAACAUGUAACUAAUUUUUUAUUCUUAAUCUGGUGCUGAAUUGGUACCUACCCUUUUGGUUAGUAUUUAGUUGAUGAUCAUUAGGAAGGUACAAUGUUGCAAGGGGAACUUGUAAACAUGAUUUAGGCCUGCAAGUUUUUGUUUUUGGGGUAUAAGCUAGAUGCAUCUUGUAUUGAUAUAUGUUCAAGUGAGUAUCUCUUUGCCUUUGCUCAUGUAAUGGGCUUUU